AAAUUUGACAAGGAUGUAACACUACCAAAUUGGUGAGAAAUUAUUGUUCUCGUCCACAGAGCAUGCGCAAAAGAAUGUUCAGUCCGUAUCUGGAGUAAGACAUUAGAUAGUAUUGGAUGGUGACAAGCUGUGGACAGACUGAACUUGUAUCAGAAAUGAUAACGCGCGCACUAUUAGCCUGUUUUGUACUUCAAGCAGCCAAUUUAUCGGGAUCAGAGCAAAUUGGUGCUAAAAUAAUCACUGCAGAAAUCUGCCCUAUUGUCCUAUCUCGUGGAUUCUGGGGAGCCAAUCCCCCUAAACAACAGCACAAAUUGGAUCUUCCCGUUCCUGAAGUCAUAAUUCACCAUACAUAUAUUCCAAAAGCGGCCAACACUACACAGGAAUGUAUUGCAGAUAUGAAAAGUAUCCAACACUAUCAUCAGGUUACUAAAGGAUGGGACGAUAUCGGUUACAAUUUUGUGAUAUGUGGCGAUGCCAAUAUAUAUGAAGGGAGAGGCUGGUAUAAUAUUGGAGCACAUGCAACCAAACACAAUUCACGCAGUAUUGGUAUAGCCUUCAUCGGGGAUUAUACAGAAGUAUUACCAUCAACCGAGAUGUUGGACCUAGCAAAACAGUUGGUAGUCUGUGGAAUUGAGAAAAAUUUUAUAGAUAAGGAUUACGUACUCUAUGGGCAUAGAGAUGUUGGCCAGACUGAGUGUCCCGGAAACAGCCUUUAUGGAGAAAUUUGUACCUGGCCUCAUCAUUACAUAAAACAAUUAUCCAACUGAUCAUCCGACGAAAGCCGUGAAGAGUAUUAGAAUAGUUUAUAAAAUUCCAUUACAUUAAAACUUUAAAAAAAUCAUUGACUAUUUGUGCAACAAGAUAGUAGAAACAUUAUUACCAAAAACAAGGUAGAAUAAUGUGACCGUAUAUGCUGAGUUUCGAAUGCUUGCUCCAGCUCUGAGCAAAAUAUGUUUACAUCAUUCAACUAAUAGUAAAUAUGACCAAUGCUUGUAACUGUUAUGGGUAAAAUAUAAAAAUAAUAUAUCAUAUAGGCUAGAGUUCACUGAAUUUAAAUGUCAGUUAAUUCUUAGCAUAAAAUAAAGCAUGACCAGAAGAAGCAUGCUCAACAGGUGGAGAUGGGUAGAUAAAUAGCUGCUUUUAUUAGAAAAUUACUGUAGGCCAAGGUUCACUGCAUUAAAAUGCAGCAAUUUCCGUUUAUUUUUAUCAAAACGAUUCUACCCAUUGAAAAAAACUAAUAUCAAAUUUAUUAUGACGAUGUGGAACUUUAUGAAAAUCAACGACAAUCUGAUGAUAUUCUAAACCAGUGGUCGCCAAACAGUCGAUCGCGAGCUAUCGGUAGCUCGUGGGGUGGUUUUUGGUAGCUCACAGAAAUGCUUGUGUUGUCAAUCAUGCAUUGAGAAACAUGGCUACAAAAUUUUGCAUUUCUCACAGAUAUAACUGAGAAGUUGAAUGAUUUAAAUUUGCAGUUUCAAGGAAAGAUAAGGACAUCGGUGGAAUGAUUUGAACUGUAAAAUCGUUUUCCAAGGAGCUUGAGAUGUGGGAAAAGAAUGUCGUCCAGUUUGAAUAUAAACACUUUUCCAGUCUGAAGAAAAUCAAUGACGAGAAAAAUCCUUCACAGCACCUCAGCAAUAACCAAGAAUACGUUACAAUUCAGACUUCAGACAACAGUUUGAUCAACGAUUUCAAGAUUUUAAAAGCAUAUCGAAUAUGGUACAAUUCGUCAACUCUCCUUUUGUAGAGAUCGAUGCAGAAGAUUUUGCAGCUUGUGUUGUAAAACAUUUUGGUGGAGAUCAGGCUUCAGUUGAAAUGGAAUUUGUGGAUUUUUAAAAUGAUCUUGUCUCUCAGAUCACUUUCUACAACUGGAAAUAUUUGGCACCAAGUCCCCAAAGAAAAAUAUCCAAUUAUUAUUCAAGUUGCAUUGAGGUUGAAAGCUAUGCUCAGCUCUACCUACUUGUGUAAAUAAUCUUUUUCAAGUAUGAAAUUCAUAAAAAAUCGAUAUGGGGACAUGUUUUGGACAACUGCAUCAGAAUGGCGGCUACAACGUCAAGAAAAUACUUGAUCGCCAAAAAGAGUUCCACUGCUCUCAUUGAAAUGUACAUUUCAACUUUUGUUAUACUUUUUGCUAUGAGAUGAGUAGAUUUCAACACUAGAAGUGUAUCUUUAUAGGCGAUAAAAGAUACUUUCUUUAUUCUAAUAUUCGUUUAUAGCUCACUAGAAGAUUUAUAAAUGCUAUUCUAGCUCACAGGCUCAUAAGUUUGGCGACCACUGUUCUAAACUAUAUAAGCUAGAAGCUUGGCUGCAUGUCAUCUGACAAAGCAACACUAUGUACAUUUUCAACGCUCUUGUUGUCGACUCCCAGUAGGCUACUUUUUCCGUAAUACUAUACACUUAUUCACAAUAAAUUGAUAUUAAUAUUAAAAUAUUAACCGUACCUGAUACAUAAUAGUACAAUCGAAAAGGGAAGCCAGACACCCGGGAUCCAGCCAUGCAGAGUACCAGACUGUUAAGUACCUGCUCUAAUGAUGAGGAGAUGAAGCGUGCCUACUGACUUGAAAAUAAUUCCAAAUUCUAAAGGAAUUAUAACAGGCUAUUUAAAAUGCAAAAUGAGCUGUUAUCAGAAAAUUGACUGCUCGACAGUUGGAAGUUCACUGUAUUAAAAGGCAGCUAUGUCAGUUAAUUCUUUGUAUAUAAAAGGCAGCUAUGUCAGUUAAUUACUUGUAUAUAAAAGGGAAGCCUGACACCCGGGAUCCAGCGUGCCUACUGACUUAAGAAUAAUACCGAAUUCUAAAGGAAUUAUAACAGGCUAUUUAAAAUGCAAAAUGAGCUGUUAUCAGAAAAUUGACUGCUCGACAGUUGGAAGUUCACUGUAUUAAAAGGCAGCUAUGUCAGUUAAUUCUUUGUAUAUAAAUGUAUAUAGUUUUAGUUUUGUAUAGUUAUUGUAUAUAGUUAUUCUUUAGCAUAAAAUAAAUCAUCUACAGGUGCGAUAUAGGUAGAUGAAUAGCUGUUUUUAUGAAUAGAAUUUUUUAGCCCACUACUGUGGGCUAUAGGCACAUCUUCCAAGCUGAGUUCGGAUCCUGUUAAGAGCAGACCAUAGUUGUUUAUUUAUGGUAUAAAUAAAGCAAUUUUUGUGCAGCAUUAACUUGUUGAUAUAAUAUCAUCAGAGAGUAAUAUAAUAGUCUAUCAAUGUAGACUCCCCCCACCCCCCAAGAAACCAUUCCGGAGCUGCAGCUGGGUGCUGUGAAGUUUUGCAAAUUGAUCUUUAGUAAAACUAAGGUAUGGAAUUGAAAAAGAAUUGAUCUGAUGAUAUUCUGGACUUUACAAUCUAGAAGCUUGGCCUCAUGCCCACUGAAUAUUUUAAUAAUUCCGAAUAUUAUUACUUUUAAAUAGUUACUAAAUUACUAUAAAUAUACAUUUUUAAUAAUUCCAAAUUCUAAAGGAAUUACAGCAGGCUAUUUAAAAUGCAAAAUGAGCCGUUAUCAGGAGAUUGACUGCUCCACAGGUGG